GCUCGUGCACCUGGUUCAGUCGGUUGCGCGCUUAUAGGCGCGUUCACGUCGUGAAUUCAGUGUGUGAGUGAGACCGACUAUUCAUCACCACAGUUCAUUCAAUUUCUACCCAGAAGCUGACCAAUCCAGAGCAGCAGCCAUGGCCUCCGGUGUGAAAGUCACAGAUGAAGUUAUCGCAGUCUUUAACGACAUGAAGGUUCGUAAGGCUCAAGCGAACGAGGAUGAGAAGAGAAAGAGAAAGAAGGCCAUUCUGUUCUGCAUGAGCAAGGACCUCAAGAACAUUGUUCUGGAUGAAGGCAAAGAGAUCCUUCUGGGCGACUUGGGAACCACCGUCCAGGACCCCUACCAGCACUUUGUCAAGAUGCUGCCCCCCAACGACUGUCGCUACGCUCUGUAUGACGCCACCUAUGAGACCAAAGAAACUAAGAAGGAGGACUUGGUCUUCAUCUUCUGGGCUCCAGACAACGCCCCCCUGAAGAGCAAGAUGAUCUAUGCCAGCUCAAAAGACGCGAUCAAGAGAAAGUUUGAAGGUAUUAAGCAUGAGUGGCAGGUGAAUGGCUUGGAAGACCUUAAAGACCGGCACACCCUGGCAGAAAAGCUUGGCGGCUCAUCAGUAGUCAGCCUGGAAGGAUCCCCUAUAUAAAUACCCGUCUCCCCCCCUCCCCUCUCUGGCUACGAUCGAGGCCUUUCAGACACAUCUGUUGGGUUUAGCUGUUCAGUCCAGUGUGGUUUGGAGACGGGCAAAAGCAGAACCUGCACCAUUUGCGUGACUCUCGGGUGGGAUAUUGUGGGUGGGUUUUGGGGUCAAGUGAAAGCUUAAAAAAACAACAAAGAAAUCCGCAAAUGCAGACUGUCAAUCCACUUCACGCAAACAUAAAGAAUAUGAACAAAACAUACACAAAGGAAAAACAUUGAGAUACAACUGAGGAAGGAGGAUGAUAAUGUUAAAGCUUAAAUACACAUAUUGUUCAUCUUUAAAUACAGGGUUUCUUUCUUUUGUUUUUGUUCCAUUUGAAUGGUUGCAGAGAAAAGUACAAACAAUAACUGACUUCUAGUUUUCUCAACAAUCACUCCCAACUACUUUUUUUUUUUUUUUUUUGCCAAACUUCUAGUUUUGUAAGUGUUAGUUGAGACUAGUUAUAGUAUUGACUAAUUCAUAAGAUCUAUCGAAACAGUAUCUGGAGGGAACAUGGUUCAAUAUAUAUAUUUUAUUUGUUCGUUUUUCUCCCAACAGGCAAAUUCCAAAAUUUGAGUGAUUCCUUUUUUCGUAUGUAGUUAACAGUCAACAUUCCUUGUACUUGUUAAACCAGGAUCUUCUUGAAUUAAAAUGGUUGGUGUUCUGACGGUCUGAUGGGAGCGAUGUGUAAAUGAAAGGGCAGCGAUCAGAGUUUAGACUGAAUAUUGAAUGGUGGAUGUUUUGUAUCGUCUCCUUAUCUCUAAUAAAAAGCACUAAACUAC